AUGUUUUUUCGGCUUAUUACCGGAAGGGCGCGGUCGCCCUCUCCCGCCGCCGGCCGGACCCCGGGCAAGGGAAGUGGCCAGGAAGGCUCCAGCAAGUCACUGCCCAAGCCCGCAGCUUCCCAGAGGAGGAGGCAACGACCAGAGAUGCAGGCAACUGCCAGCAUCAGCGGGCAGACAGUCCCGGGCCCGAGCCUGGUCCGGCCUGCAGCGGUUCUUCCCCUUCCCCACUCCCGCCUGGCACUUACGUCCUACCCGGCCAGUGCAGUCGGUUCGGAGCCGGGGUGGCGCCGCGCCGAGCCGCCUCACUUUCCCAGCACCCAGCCAAGAAAACAAAACAGCUACGGGACGCCGGAUACCCGGAUGGGGCAGCAGCCCCCGCCCCGGCGGCUCGGUUGCGCAUGCGGAGAUAAGGACGGAGGGAGGAGCGCGGGGAAGCAGCAGAAAGGGCAGCGGCUGGACCACAGGGAGCCACGCCCGCCAGGAGGAGCCACGCCCACCGCACUAAGGUCUUUGCGCGUCUCUGGGCGCCUGCUGCGAGGACUGUCCGCUACGCUGAUUCGCUUGCGGACGGCGGAAAAGCUCUGGGUCCGGUUCCAGCCUGUCCAGUUGGUGGUCGUCCAGGAGUCGGAGCCGGCCCGGAGCAGGAGCCAGUCUCAUUCCAGGAGGCGCCACCAGAGAAAGUCCACGCGCCACUUGUGGUCUUUACUCGCCCGAGCCAGUUGAGUCUUCGCAGUAGGUAUUGCUUUCGGGGAAGGUCGCAUUACAAAAAGGACUACGCGAUCGCCGGGGUCGGGCGGGGGACAGUACGGCGCCUUUGAAUGUACGGUGUAUCUGAAAACACAGCAGUUGAAGAGUUCCAGGAAGAAGAGAUCGCAGAGCAGAACCCAUUUUCUAAAAAGGGUAGGUGGGUCGUUUGUUAAGAGAGACACAGAUUCGACUCUUCUUACGUAUGAAGCGACAGUACAUGAGUAAGCUAGGGAACCACGGUUGUGUUAUUUAUUUUAUUUUGUUUCCUUUGAUGCGUGAAAUCUGGGUAGUUUUGUUUUUGUGAGGGUUAUUAACUGAUUAGACCACCAGACUAUACGAUAAAAUCCAUACCUUGUUUUUAAAUGGACAUCAUUCUUACCCCUCAAGAUUAAAGGAUAAUUGUGACACUUAAAUGGCUCAGGAUGGAGAAAUCUAAUGCAGACAGUUCUUCGUAGAACCUUUUUAGUGUCUUAAUGACUUAACGUUAGUUUACCUGCUCUGAGCGGCAUUUAACAGAUCGUCUCAGCUUUUUGUAAGUUAACUAAUGACUGAGAGGAACAGUAUUAACUUUCUCUUGUGUUUUCUGUCUCCACCCUUUUUUGCAUUUACUGGCAUUAGCAUGAUUAUCAAAUAUUUUGUAAACAGAAGUGAACAUCUUUAUAUGCUGUUCUAAUAAAGUGAAUGCUUAUUUUGUCA